ACUUGAAAUUAGACGGGCCUAAUAACCCAUUUUGUAUUCGGAUUCAAACCGGUUCUAAACUCGACCCGUUCAGCCAUUUCCAGCUUUAAAACCCUGAAAUCGAGUUCUAGGGUUUCCCUUGCUAGCCUCUGAUCAACAGCCGCGCAACUCGACAGUCAAGAGUACCUUCAAGCUUGCCAACAUGACCAAGCGAACAAAGAAGGCCGGUAUUGUUGGCAAAUAUGGUACCCGUUAUGGGGCAAGUCUGCGGAAGCAGAUUAAGAAGAUGGAGGUUAGUCAGCAUAGCAAAUACUUCUGUGAAUUUUGUGGAAAGUAUGCUGUGAAGAGGAAGGCUGUGGGCAUUUGGGGCUGCAAAGAUUGUGGCAAAGUCAAAGCUGGGGGUGCCUACACUCUGAACACUGCCAGUGCGGUGACAGUUAGGAGCACUAUUCGGAGGCUGAGGGAGCAAACAGAGAGUUGAGCUGGCAUUAGCCUUAUGUACUGUUUUUUUGGUUUUAACUUUUAGAGAUGAUGAGUUUCUUGGAUAGAAGACUACUAAGAUCAUGACCUUUUAUUUAUUUUAUGGAUGUUUGCUGUUGCUGUUCCAUUUUGGUAAUGAAAAUUGGAAUUGUCAGGCUUAAAUUUGACA